AUGGCGCCUGCCACGAAACGUCGGUCCACACGUCAGUCGGCAAGCCGCAAGCGCUCAAUCUACUACGAGCCUGACACAGACGAGGAUGAUUUCGAGGCGAGUGGGAGGAGCGAGGAAGACUUUGCGCCCGAUACCGAAGUCGUACAGGAACCAGUGCCGAAGAAGCGCAAAGUUACGAGAAAGCGCAAGCCCCAGACUCGGAGCAAGGCGGCGGCGAGAACAAAGCAGACAACUCUAGUUCGUGCUUUUAGAAUCGGCAAGGCACGCAGGGCACAGUCUGCGCCAGUCAAGAAGGGUUUCGAAGGACCGAGCGAUGGCAAUAUACCAAACUGGAAAGCGCUACCCGAGGAAGUGCUCAAGCAGAUCUUCAUCUACGCAUCUUUGCCAGUGGACGAGUUCUCACGAGAUGCAAGUGCCAACGCCACAUGGCUGCUCAAGACUGCGCGGAGCAUAUGUCGAGCCUUCGGACUGGCCGCUCUUGAGGCGCUAUAUCAGUCGCCGCCUAUGCUCAACACAUAUCACCCACAUCAGCUCCUCGACCUCCUUCAGAUGCCGAGAGAGGAGCGAUACAUCAAUUACAACGUCAAGGUACAUCGCUUGAACAUGGACGUGAGAACUGUUGCCUACGCUGCAUCAGGCAGACCGAGCUUGCAUCUACCACAGCUGGUAUCUCAGCUACCCCAACUCCAGCACAUGGAGAUACUACAUCCACGAUACUACCCACCCUUCAGGCCCGUCAAAGUUCAGAAAUGGACCUUCUCUCCAACUGAUCUCAUCAAAGCCUUCGAAAGCUGCGGCACUCGUCUUCGCACUUGGCGCUGGUCGCGUGACACGAUUCCUCGAAAUGACCCGAUCGAGCUCUACAAGACGAUGUCAACGGCGCACGAGAGCGUGGUGUUUGCAUAUCUCAAGCGGCUCGUUGUGACUGGGUUCAAUGUUGAUGACAGCUUUGAACCAAGCACGACUGAGACAAAUGCAGAGGGUGAAGCGCAGCAGGCACCGCCACCAGGACUUGCAACGUCGAUCGCAAAGCUUCCCUCCCUUGUCGAUCUGACAUUCAUCUCCUGUGACACCAUCAUGGAAAAGUUCUUGCAGCGACUGCCGACCAACCUUGAGAGGCUCGAGCUUACGAACUGCCUGGAAAUCACCAGCGAGAUGAUGCGAGACUUUUUCAAGACAUCUGGCUCUCAUCUCAAGGAGCUCGUGCUCAAUCACAACGCGGCGCUGAAUCUGAGCUUCACAACAUCAUUGAAAGAGCUCUGUCCCCGUCUCGAAGUGUUGAAAGUCGAUUUACACUACUACAGUGAGAAGGACUCGGUCAACGACGCCGAGGCUUUGUACGAUGAGUUGCUACCAGAAUCUGACAUUCCUUCCUGGCCAAGCACUCUACGCCACUUGGAGAUCAUCCAUGCUCAGAAGUGGUCACCAGAGGCUGCGCAGAACCUCUUCCGCUCUCUAGUGGACAAUGCGCCCGAACUGCUUCAACUUCGGACGCUGAUCAUUCAUGCGCACAUCAACAUUCCGUGGCGUGAUCGAGCUGGCUUCCGCGAUCAGUGGAUUGAGCGGCUGGGACGAGUGUAUCUGCGGCGUAAUGGGUCACCGAAUGAGAACCUGGGCUCGAUCAGGCAAAGAGCUGUAGCCGUGCAAGCACCGGCUUACCAGUCCACAGGAGAUACACAACGUUACUCCGACUCGGAAGUUGAGCACGAGACGCCGUGCAAGCGACAACCGCGCCGCAGCAGGCGUGUUGCUGAGAGCCAGGCAUCCGUCAUGGACAAGACUGCUACACCUUCGCCAGAAUCUGACUCGGAGUCAGCGGAUCGAAGUGAGGUAGAAGCGUGGCGGCGAAGGGCCGAGAAGUUCAUUCAAGGUCUUUGCACGGCAGUCGACAUUCGCAUUGACAACCAGCGACCUCGCGAGAAUCAAUGGACUGAGGGAGACUUCAUGGAUGAUGAGCUGAGUGGUGAUGAGGACUGGAAUGAAGAUGCCGAAGAGGAAGAUGACGGGUAUGCGUGGUAG